AUGCACUUAUACUAUUUAGUCAACUGAUACCUUCUUUGACUGAAGAGACGAUAUACGGUGGAGAUGUCCGUGCUUUGGGUCUUGAAAGUAGGGCGAUUCCAGACUCUAGUAUGACAGCAUCUAGUGAAUGGAGUUCUAAUAAUCCGCCAAGUACAGCAAGAUUACACCUCUCAAGGGUUCAUCUUUUAAGUGGAGGCUGGUCAGCAAAAGAAAAUAAACUGGGCGAGUGGAUACAGGUUGAUCUUUUAACUACAUAUCUCGUCGUUCGAGUAGCAACCCAGGGUCGGCAUGACAAGAGCCAGUGGGUCACUAGCUUCGAGAUUGCCUGCAGUCUCGAUGGAGUUUCCUUUGAUGCAGUUCAAGACCUCAACACCACCUCGGCCUCUGCGAAGGUGUUCACAGGUAAUAGCGACCGCAGGACAGUGGUAAACAACACCUUACCUGCUCCACAGGAGUGUCGCUAUGUUCGUCUUCUUCCUCUGACCUGGCAUCGCCAUAUCAGCCUCCGAAUGGAAAUAUAUGGUUUAGUUCCUGUUGGCUUUCAACGAUCCACCGUUUUUAGACUUAUUUCAUAUGAGCAUGCUCUCACUAAUACGCAUACAUCCUAUCAAUCCGUGACGUCAGUCAUUGGGUGUGGUCGACUUUGUCUUCAUCACGAAUCUUGCAACUAUUUCACAUACAUCCUCCACAAAAGGGCGUGUUUACUUGGACAUCAAUCGACCACUCAUACACACCACGGGGCGGCUACUUACAUCUACUAGAUCUUAUUUAUACUGAUCACAGAAUAUUUUGUAUAAUUGACCGAUUUUUUUCUCAAGAGAUAAGAAAGUAUAAUAAAGGUGUGCAAACGGUGGGGGCAAUUUACUAUUUGGACAAACCGGAAAAGGGAACCUUGGUUUUGCCCGCCGAAAAAGACAAAAAUGCACUCUAAACGGGUUUGUUUCUUAACAGUCUUUUAAGGGUUCUAUACUAAGCUUUUAAUAUACGCCUAGGUCUACAUGCACAUCAUUUAUUGAAAAUAAAGGAAAAUCAUUUUCAUAAUUCACAUGUUGAUGUGCCAUGGUGCAGUGGUUCUGUCAACUGUCCUGUCAUUUAAGUGUUUAAAGGAGGCGCCGCCCCACGGUUGGAAUAUGGACCUGCCUCCUUUGAUAUGUCAGGCAGUAAAUUCAAAACAAAGUAAUUUACAUCACCCAUUUUUAGUGGUUUUUAUCAGUUAUAUGGUUUUCUAGAUUAUUUGUAUAUAUAUUCCGUAACGAGUGCUUUGUUAUACCUCUCAAUGAUUAAGAAGUUUUCACCCACAGCCUUUUUUCUAGUUAGAAUGAUGACAGCAUGUAACUUUAUUGUUUAGGCUAUAAAUCAGGUUACAUAUUCUAGUGAGUUUUAUCAAUUAUACAAUUUAUAUAUAGUAUAUCAUUUUCCGUUGUGAUAACUAAGCUAUCGUUUGAGUAAAAAAAUUGUCUGCUUGUUUUACUGAGCAUUGCCGAGGUAUUUUUUUCAGUAAGGUUUUAUUUACAAUUGUAAUGUAAAUGUUCAUCAUUGUAACUGGAUUUUUUCAUCAGGUCAUUAUGGAAAAACAACAACAGCUGACCUUUUGUACCUGUAAAGAUAUAUUCUAGUAAUAGAUGAAUUAAACAUAUUUUUUUCGAUUUGUAUGUGUUGCACCACCGUACAUAACACCACACCCUUGCCUGUCAUUUGUGC